CCUUAAAGUCAUACUCAUGUCUAAUUACACAAGCUAUUCCCUGGCCGACUAAAUCAGCUCUUAGUAAGAAGAACGUGGUAAUUACAUUUUGAAUUGAUAUCAUGGCCAGUCGCCAAGCCGGUUUCGUCCUAGACGCCAAGUCCAUGGGUCUGAAUCCGUCGAGACCUGCAUCAUCGCCACCGCCACCACCAUCAUCUGCCAGUCAAAUGUGUCGGCAAGUGCAGCCAACCGGAACGAGUGCCUCGCAUCCACAUCAAGAAUCGACGCUAAAAGCCUCAUCUCCUGAUCGGUGCACUGCCAGCACCGAGGCGAUGUCCACCGAACAUUACCGCUGUCUGAUCCAGAAGCUGCGGGAUACCAACGGCGAUGCUGGCGAUAUGAGCUUUGAGCUGAACAGCAUAUUUCUGAAGCGGCUGGACGAGAUUGACUGCCUAGAUGAGCACGAGGGUGAUGACAUGCACACUUGCCAGUUGCGUCUGGUCACUUUUCAGGAGUGGGUGGAUUUCCUGCUCCACGUGAACAGCGUGAUCCUGGGCAACGUGUCGGACUUGGAGAAGGAGGCGUACAGCAAGAUCGUUGCCUGCUGUCAGUCUGUCCAAGUGCGACAACAGCAUACCCUCGAGGAGAAUCGUAGGCUGCGUGAGGACAUUUGUGCGAUCAUAGAACGCGUGCAGCAUUCUCCUCACUGCACCGACUUUGAUUUCAAUGGCAUUUCCCUAGAGACACUGACCGUUAAUCAAUUGCGGGGCGUGGGAAAGGAUCCCGCCCACGCGGAAUGCGAGAGCGAGAAGAUGUCCGAGAGCAUGAAGUCCUUAGUCGGCGAGAUAGCCGCCAAGCAUGACGAGAUCGGCGAACUGAAGUCACAGAUCAAUGCCUUGGACGAGGUUGUACACACGGCCAGGCAGAAGUUACUUUUGAAGGAUCAGUGCAUAGCACAGCUCAAUCAACAGCUGCACGAGAUCACCCGGUGCAUUGAGUCCAGAGAUCAGGCCAAAAUGGAGGAAUCGCCCAACGAUACACUGACCGCGGACGCGAUUACAAGCGAUAUGCUCGAGAAUCUCUCGAUCCACGACACCCAGGAGAGCGAAAUGCUGCGGCUGCUAAACGCGGAGCUCAAUGAUCUUCUCGAUCUGCACAACAAACAGGAGUUCCAGACCAUUGAGAUUCGGCGAAAACGUGUGUCCUGCUUUAUCGAAAAACUGGUAUCCGAGCGUGAGGACACUCUGAAAAAACUCGAGAGCAUUCGUAGUCAUCUGACAAUCCUUCAGUCAGACCUCGAUCAAUCCUGCCUAAUCUCCGUUGAUCCCGAAUCAGGGCCCUGUGAUCUGGACGCGGAUGCUCAGAUGCUGGAAGCUCUACGUAGACGCCUGCUCAACCUUAGCCAACUUAAUCGAGAACUGCACGGAAAGUACCAGCGCCUGGACACCGAGUCGAAAAUCAAAAUUUCAGAGCUGGAGGCGAGGAUUGAAUCGGAAAGCAGCGUUCUUCAAAGAAAUAGCGAUGUUCUAAGGGAGAUCGCCGAACUCAUCUGCUCGUUGGGUUCCAAGGAGUUCUCCUACAACGAAAUCUACGACGAAUCCUCGAAAGAAAAUCCAUUUUGUACGACCAUUGCGGAUAUGUUUGCACGGAAAUUCGAGCAGGAGCAAAAUCAAGUGGAAAUUAACGGACAACUUUCCUGCCAAAUCAAGGGACUGCAGGAAAAUCUAAAGGAUCGAGAUAACCAGAUUAGCCAGCUGCAGUCCAUGAUCAAUAGCUACUCCGAUUUCAGCGAGAACAAUCGGCUCAAAGAAGAGAUGCAUGUCCUCAAACAGAAGAAUUGUGAUCUAUCCCGCCAACUGCGAGACCUCCCUUCCCUGCUGAAAAACCAAGAAAAUCAAAGCGUGGAACUCUGCACGAAGUACGAAAGCCUGAUGGCCAGCUUCGAGGAUCAGUGCCAGGAGCUCAAGGACGCCAAGAGGAAAGCGCAGAGCCUGCAAACGCGACUGGAUCAGGUGGAGCAGCUGCAGGAUGAGCUGAGAACAGAGCGCAAAAUCUUGCGAGAGGAGGUGGUCGCUUUGAAGGAGAAGGAGGCUGUGUCCUCGGGCCGAGAGCGGGCACUUCAAGAUCAACAAAAGAGUGCCCAGUUGGAGAUGGAAAAGAUGCGCACUCUUGUUCGGAAAAUGCAGAGCCAUCUGCAGCUGGAUGACAUCCGGCAUCGCGAAAGUAUCCAGCGGAUGAACGAGACAACUGAAUCUCUGCGGGAGGAGUUGCGCACCAUUUCGGAAAAUUGCCAGCAAAUGCAGAUCCGCCUAAAUCAACAGACCGAAGUUAACCAGCAGCAGGAACAGAUUAUCGACUCCUUUCGAAAAUGGAAGGACGCCCAGGUUAGGGCCGAUGAGGCGAUGCGUCUUUGCGCCAAGCGGGCCGAGGAACACAUCCACAUGCUGCUGGACGAAAACCGGACGUUGGCCGAGGACUAUCGCAAUCUAUUCCGAGACUACAAGCUCUUGGAGACGGAGAUAAAACGAGUGAAGCAGGCGGUCAACUGCGCGUCCAGUUCGGCGAUAAGUUGUCCACCUCCGAAGAGUGGCGGUCUGACCAAUCCCGAGGCGGGGAACGAUAUGGCCAGGCGAUUGCAGAACUUGACCAGCACCUCGCAGCGGAUUUUUAACCAGAAUCAGACUAUGAACGAUCAGUACUGCAACUCCUUGAUCUCAGGAAGUCCGGCUGGAAUUGGGCAACCGGUGGCCCAAUCCAUAUUGCGGCGUACUCGAUCGUCACAGGAUCAGUCGUAGGAGUCGCCAGGAUUUGCAUGCAACUCCUCCUUCCAUUUAAAAAUCGUUCUCACCCAAAAUCUCUAUGCCAUCAACACUUUGGAGGCGCGUAACUUGUAAAUUGUCUUUGUAAAUUGUGGUAUAAAAUAAAAACUAAGUGCUUGUGU